AUGGCUUUACAGCUGAUCAUUUUCUGUGAUAUUAUUAUAUUUAUGACAUUUAUUUAUUGCAUUAGUGGCAGCUAUCAUGAAAGGAGAUUGUACGAAGAUUUAAUGCGUGAUUAUAACAAUUUGGAAAGACCUGUUGCUAAUCAUUCACUUCCUGUCAUUGUUUAUCUUAAAGUAUCGCUUCAACAAAUAAUUGAUGUUGAUGAGAAGAAUCAAAUCGUUUACGUGAACGCUUGGCUGGAUUAUUCAUGGAACGACUAUAAACUAAAAUGGGAUAAAUCAGAAUAUGGCAAUAUUUCUGAUGUGAGAUUUCCAGCUGGAAGAAUUUGGAAACCAGAUGUACUUCUUUACAACAGUGUCGAUGCAAACUUUGAUUCGACAUAUCCGACAAAUAUGCUCGUAUACAAUACUGGUGAUAUUUCAUGGAUUCCUCCAGGAAUCUUUAAAAUCAGUUGCAAGAUUGAUAUCAGGUGGUUCCCUUUUGAUGAACAAAGGUGCUUUUUCAAGUUUGGUUCUUGGACCUAUGAUGGUUUCAAAUUGGAUCUUCAGCCAGGAAAAGGCGGUUUUGAUAUAUCUGAAUACAUGCCAAGUGGUGAGUGGGCAUUGCCAAUGACAACUGUAUCACGGUCAGAAAAAUUUUAUGAUUGCUGUCCUGAACCCUAUCCAGAUCUUACAUUUUACCUUCAUAUGAGGAGGCGAACGUUAUAUUAUGGUUUUAACCUAAUCAUGCCAUGCAUUUUAACAACAAUGAUGACUCUGCUCGGAUUUACUCUUCCACCCGAUGCAGGCGAAAAGAUCACAUUACAAAUAACAGUUCUGCUUUCUAUAUGCUUCUUUUUGAGCAUUGUUUCUGAUAUGUCACCGCCAACCUCAGAAGCGGUACCACUUUUGGGUAUAUUCUUCUCGUGUUGCAUGAUAGUUGUAACAGCAUCAACAGUUUUUACCGUUUAUGUACUCAAUUUACACUAUCGAACACCAGAAACCCACGAAAUGGGAACAUUGACGCGAACUAUUUUAUUGUAUUGGUUACCAUAUUUUUUACGCAUGAACAGGCCUGGAAUUUAUCUUACCUGGGAAACACUACCACCUCUUUUAACUUGCUCAAAACCAACACGCCAUAGCGAAUCAUUAAUAAGAAAUAUUAAAGAAACAGAGACAGGAUCCAGGUCGAAUUCACUGGAUGUAGAACGAAAAGUCUAUCAAUAUAUGAGAGGCAUAUCCAAAGGGAGAGGUACUGGUCAAUAUACGACACUUAAUGGUCCGAACCCUCAAAUUAACCAGGUUGACAUAGGUCAACAAGCUACAAUUCUUGUCUUGCAACGAAUAUACCAAGAACUUAAGACAAUCACCAAACGGAUGAUCGAAGCAGAUCGCGAAGGUACACAAGCAAACAACUGGAAAUUUGCAGCAAUGGUAGUUGACCGACUUUGCUUAUAUAUAUUUACAAUAUUUAUUAUAGCAUCCUCUUGCGGAAUAUUACUAUCAGCGCCUUACAUUAUAGCAUAA